GUAGUGAAAGUGAUAAUAUUGAGAGGAUAGACUUGAAUGAUGGGAACAAUCAGGGAAUGAAUCGGCAGAGGAAGCUAGCAUUGACUAUAACCAUGUGGAGUUUUAUAAACCUCAUUACUAUAGCUGCUGCCCAGCUCACAGACACUGGAGGAUUUAUUCGGAACACCGCCGGCGGAUCAAAUAACAUUCGAGUUCCAUCAUUCCGCCCUGAAGCAUUCCGUCACAGCGGAUAUGCAGUGAUUACGCAGGGCGGAAGAUCGCUAAAAGAAGGCGGAGAUCAGACCUGGAUUAAAAGUAGAGGAAUCGAAACGACUAAAAAAGGUGUUGAAAUUAGAAAAAAUCUGAAAAAUGUCCAAAAUGGCGGUAUGCCUGGUAGAGCAGGUAGUGGUCGAGUUCUCUAUGAUCAAGAGAGACCGGAGAUAGAUGAAGGCUGGUCAGGCAGGGAGGGAGGUUUCCAACUGGACCCUGAGAACUGGAACCAGGACGGAGGAUUUCUCCGAGGAAUACAACAAGGACGGGAGGAACAAGGAUCAUGGACGGUUUCUCAGGACGGAGAGAAGAGAGAGAAGAGAGAGAAAGAUCUUGUCUGCUUUCCCCAACCCAGAGUUAGUCCUGGUUCAAAGGAAUUCAACUUAACCUGUACUUGUGCCAGGAAUAGAGAGAUGGAGAUGGAGGUUAAGAUAAGCCUGGCCAGCCUAGUGUCUAACCUCUCACAAGAUGUAUUCGACAGAAAUAUCAUCAUUCAAAUACGCGACUGUUGGUCAGCAUCUGUUUAUAUGGACGAGGACGACCUUUAUAAAGUGAAUUCUGCAUAUUUUCGGCCGGAUCUUUAUAUUUCAAAACUAGGCCUUAAAAAUAUAUCUCAGUUAAGAUUGGAGGGGACACCUAAUGUUGCAAAAAUGGUUCCUGGUUUAUUUUCUCCAGGCAAGUAUUUUCAGUAUUAA